UUCGUCCAGACGAGACGCCCACAAUACAACGAAGUUCCUUCCCCGCCACUCAACCAGUAUCAGUUAGCUCUCCUUGCUCGCUCAGACCACCAUGGCUGCGAAGCUCGUCUCGCCUCCUUCUUCUCUCUCGCACUCGGCGAAGCUCUUCUCCUUCUCUUCCAAUUGGAAGGUUCCAAAGCCUAUUUCGCUUCCGAGCUAUCUCCGCCAAUGGAGGUCCAAAAGCUAUUCGCUUUCGCGGAGAAUGGCUGUGAAAUCUUGCAUCGGAGUCGCCACAAAAUCUAGGGCUGAAGAUUGGGGGAAGGUGUCCGCCGUCCUGUUCGACAUGGACGGAGUGCUCUGCAACAGCGAAGAGCCUUCUAGAAGGGCCGCCGUCGACGUCUUCGCCGAGUUGGGGGUCGACGUCACGGUCGAGGACUUUGUGCCGUUCAUGGGGACUGGUGAAGCGAACUUCUUAGGAGGGGUUGCUUCUGUUAAAGGUGUGCAAGGAUUUGAUCCUGAGGCAGCCAAGAAGAGGUUCUUUGAGAUAUAUUUGGAAAAGUAUGCAAAAACAAAUUCAGGAAUAGGAUUUCCAGGUGCCCUUGAGCUGAUUACUCAGUGUAAAAGCAAAGGCCUUAAAGUUGCUGUUGCAUCUAGUGCUGAUCGGAUCAAGGUAGACGCCAAUCUGGCUGCCGCUGCUUUACCAUUGCCAAUGUUCAAUGCUAUUGUGUCAGCAGAUGCCUUUGAAAACCUGAAACCUGCUCCUGAUAUUUUCUUAGCAGCAUCGAAGAUCUUAAAUGUGCCCACUAGUGAGUGUAUUGUUAUUGAAGAUGCACUUGCUGGUGUUCAAGCUGCCAAAGCUGCAGGAAUGAGAUGCAUAGCUGUCAAAACUACCUUGUCAGAGGAUACUCUAAAGACUGCUGAUCCAUCACUUAUUCGAAAUGAGAUAGGAAAUAUUUCACUUGACGAUAUUCUCAGUGGUGGCUCAGAUGACUAUAAUGGGGCUCUGCAGGGCAGCCAAGUUCUUCGUAAUUUAUCCCAAAAUUCUUCAGGCGUGCUCAAAGAAAAGACGGAUAAUGGACCAAUCCAGGAUACAAGUUCUAAUAAUGGGGUUUCCUUAACUGGAGGGUUACAGGGUUCUCGGCGAGAUAUAUUGAGAUAUGGAAGUUUGGGGAUUGCGUUGUCUUGUCUUUUCUUUGCCAUCUCAAACUGGAAGGUUAUGCAAUAUUCAUCACCUAAAGCGAUUUGGAAUUUGUUGUUUGGAGUGAACCAACUAUCUUUUGGACAGAACGAAGGAAAAUCAAGAUCGAAAAGAAUCGAACAAUUUGUGAAAUAUAUUGCUGACCUGGAAACCAGCGAAACUGCUCCCGUGGUACCAGAAUUUCCACCAAAACUUGACUGGUUGAAUACUGCUCCCCUGAAAUUUAGUAAGGUGAAUUCUAGUUACCUUAAUAAUUUAUAUUUGGUGAGACCAGGGUAUAUCGUAUUGACUUCAUUUUUACUUAUAAUUUAUUAUUAUUAUUAUUGGCAGGAUCUGAAGGGAAAGGUGGUGGUGCUGGACUUCUGGACUUAUUGUUGUAUAAAUUGCAUGCAUGUGCUGCCUGAUAUGGAGUUUUUGGAGAAAAAGUACCAAGAUAUGCCGUUCACAGUUGUGGGAGUACACUCUGCAAAGUUUGAUAACGAGAAAGAUUUGGAAGCCAUUCGCAAUGCAGUGUUGCGCUAUAACAUCACUCACCCAGUUGUGAAUGAUGGGGAAAUGCGGCUAUGGCGGGAGCUAGGUGUAAAUUCGUGGCCAACUUUUGCUAUUAUUGGGCCAACUGGUAAGCUUCUUGCACAACUAGCAGGUGAAGGUCGUCGAAAGGAUCUUGAUGAUUUAGUGGAGGCAGCUCUUCAGUAUUACAGUCGAAAGAAAAUCUUAGACAACACUGCACUACCACUGCGUUUGGAGAAAGAUAAUGAUCCUCGCUUGGUUUUGUCCCCGUUGAAGUUUCCUGGGAAGUUGGCAAUUGAUGUCCUCAACAAUAGACUCUUCAUUUCUGACAGUAACCAUAACCGCAUAGUGGUAACUGGCCUUGAUGGCAAUUUUAUUAUUCAAAUUGGAAGCACAGGAGAGGAAGGUUUACGUGAUGGUACCUUUGAGGAUGCCUCCUUCAAUCGGCCUCAGGGCCUUUCUUACAAUGCAAAGAAAAAUAUACUCUAUGUAGCAGAUACUGAAAACCACGCUUUAAGGGAGAUUGAUUUUGUUAACGAGACUGUUCGUACUCUUGCUGGAAACGGCACUAAAGGUUCCGACUUUGAAGGAGGAGGAAAAGGAAGUACACAGCUCCUGAACUCUCCAUGGGAUGUCUGCUUUGAGCCAGUCAAUGAAAAAGUGUACAUUGCUAUGGCUGGCCAACAUCAGAUCUGGGAGUACAAUAUAUCAGAUGGAAGCACCAGAGCAUUUAGUGGUGAUGGUUAUGAAAGAAACCUAAAUGGCUUUAGCUCAACAAGCACAUCAUUUGCGCAGCCUUCUGGAAUUUCAUUAUCUCCUGAUUUGACUGAGGCUUAUAUUGCUGAUAGUGAGAGUAGCUCCAUUCGAGCACUUAAUCUGAAAACUGGAGGAUCUAGAUUCCUAGCUGGUGGUGAUCCAUUAUUCUCAGACAAUCUGUUUAAGUUUGGAGACCAUGAUGGGAUAGGGGCUGAAGUACUCCUUCAACAUCCAUUAGGUGUCCUGUGUGCAAAAGACGGUCAAGUUUAUAUAGCCGAUAGCUAUAACCACAAGAUUAAGAAGCUAGAUCCAGCUAGUAAAAAAGUUACCACCUUAGCAGGUACAGGGAAAGCUGGUUUCCAAGAUGGAAUGGCCCUAGAAGCUCAGCUUUCAGAGCCAUCGGGAAUCAUUGAAGUAGAAAACGGAAGACUUUUCAUUGCUGAUACAAACAACAAUUUAAUCAGAUAUCUGGACUUGAGCAAGGAAGUACCCGAGCUUUUGACUUUAGAGCUGAAAGGUGUUCAGCCCCCUAAAAAAUCCAAAUCACCAAAGCGACUUAGGAGAGCAGCACCAAUGGAUGCACAAACCAUCAAAGUUGACGGCACUUCAUCCAGUGAGGGCAACCUGUCUAUUAAGAUAUCACUACCCAAAGAGUAUCAUUUUUCAAAGGAGGCUCGCAGUAAAUUUAGCGUUGACACUGAGCCUGAAAAUGCAGUGAUUAUUGAUCCCUUGGAUGGAUAUCUUAGUCCAGAUGGAUCUGCAACUUUCCACUUUAGGAGAUUUUUGCCCUCUGCUUCAAUGGGCAAAAUAAAUUGCAAGGUCUAUUAUUGCAAGGAGGAUGAGGUUUGUCUGUACCAGUCAUUGUCAUUUGAAGUACCUUUUUUAGAGGAAGUUGCAACAUCUAUACCAGCCGAAAUCACUCUUCCAUAUCUUGUGAAGCCAAAAAGUUCAACAAGCAGCUUACAGCUAUCGGUUGCCUCAUAACGUUGAUACGUUUGUGUAAAUAAUAGUAAGGUCUAUGUCUCUAUCUCGAUCGCAUUCUUAUAUUGAUUCUUGAAUUAUUAUGUCAAAUGUGAUGAUGCACUUGGAUUGACCGAGUAUGCACAUGAAAAUAUAUACUAGGAAAAUGAAGGAUAAAUUGCCCUUAGAAAUUCAUAUUUUCUUUUUUUUUUCUUAAAGGAAGAAAUUAGUGAAACUAUGGGAAAUAGACUCUCGUUGCAAACAAAGAUUGCUGGUGUAAACCCACCUUUUCCCCCUCUUUGAAAGUUUUUUGUCGUUUCAGCGGGAAGUACCGCACAAUGUUUGUCUUUUUGCUUAUCAAAAGUUUGCAACGACACGCCAGUUUUAACGUAAAGGUUUUUUGGUGUAGUUCAAUUGAUCCAACAGCAUCUAUAUCGUCCUUUAGAAUUUUGUUGUCUGAAAAGCGACAUGUAUUGUAUCCUGCACGAUGAUGUCGUUUCGCUGUAAAUUGACAAUGUGUUUUCCUAUGGUGUCGGACGGGCUUUUCUCGCUUGUUUGGUAACGUUAAGCUUUGGCUUUGGUUGUUCUUGCACCUUUUCAAAGUCAUAACAUGGAAUA